GAGAUUGAGGUUUUCUUUUUUAAUCUGUACCUCAUUGGUAAGAAUCAGUGAAUAUUGGAAGACGUGUUGCUUCCGGUUAGUUUUUGAAGAGUUAUUAUUCAUAUUUAAAUUGCAUAAUAGUAAAAUAGCUGGACGGUUGUAUUUUAUAUUUCUCUUAUUUUAAAAUUCCAGUAGACUCAUAAACACUGAUGUUAUAAAUUUUACUAAUCGUGAGUGAUUGCUAAUUAAAUAUCGACCGGUUGCUUCGAUUUUCAUCACUUUUGCCUCGGAUGUGGAUGAAUUGAAAUUUCAUAUUCGUGAUAUAUUGUGCUUCAAUCGCUACAGUUUCAUAAACUAGUGAUUCAAUGUAUAUUACUCUAUAAUCAGUGACAGAACGAAAUACUGUGACUACAAUUCUGCUAAUCAAUUAAUUCAAUUUUCACACUUCGUCAACAUCCAACAGUAUUGAUGUUGACUGCUGACGUGAUGUAAAUUGUUUACGAUGAUUGGUGUAGCUAUUAUUUACUCUCAAUGAUCCAACAUCAAACAUCAUAUAACUAUAUCGAUACACCUAGGUUACUGACUAUCUUCCACAUCAAUGAUUGAGUGAUCAAGACCACAGAAGAAGAUUGUAACAAGAAAGUGAUCUGGUAUUUAUCGACCAAUCUGUGUACUUGAUCAGAUUCUGUUUGAUAAUCAAUCACAGCGUCGUGUUCGCAUAUUUCCGUGGUGACUUGGCCUCGAGAUAAUUCCUUUGAUUUAUCGUAUCGAUCAAUCUGGUAAGCGUUAUUAGAUAAAUCGCGACAAUCUAUGAAUUAAGAAGGCAACACGAAGCACCGACUACUGUCUAUUAUUGAACAGCGCAGAUAACAACGCUACAAACGCACUAAGCGAAUUUCAGCAGAAAGGCUAAUACGCGUGAGCGAAUACAGAGUUGAAUGGAAUCGAAUCAAUUAAUUAAUAAGGUUCAAGCACAUACAUAUAUAUAUGGGAAACCGAAUGAUCAUUCGAGCAAUAACUAAGCGACUAACAUUUAAGCUAGAGAGAGAGAGAGAGAUGUGUGUGUAGGCUGUCACAUAUGAACAAGUACACAUGCUAAUAAAGACAUGAUAGUAGUUAUAAUAAUAAUUAUAAUACAGUAAAUUGUUACUGCUCGAAUAACACUACCUGUUAAAUAAGUUAACGAAAGGGCUUGACAAAAUUAACCGUAAACAAACUUAAUUAUAAGAAAGAUGCUAUAAUCACUCCCCCUGGAAACUAAGACGUAUAAAGGAAGUGUGUGUUUGAGAAAUGAAUGUUAAACUGAAUAAAAUAACUACAAUGGUAGAAAAUACUGACUUGUACAAAAUUAAGACAAAGCUUCUUCGUAUGUUAACCUUUGUGAUGUUUAUCUGUGUUCGCGCACAUCUCUGAGGCCGGAUAAAAUAAUGAUAAAGGAUCAAAUGGAUGUGGUAUCGGCUUUUAUAAAAUUAUACAUAUAGGUGCAAAGGUACACGAAAUAUGUCGAAUUUUAUGAUGCAUUAUGUAAACUUCAUAAUGCCAGCGUACACAACGAGGAGGAAGAAAAAUAAUUUGUAUUCAAAACAGUGAAAAAAAUUGCCAGUUCAAAAUUGUGGCGGUUAUCUAACUCGUUGUUACUGGAGGCUCUUAAACUAAGAAAUUAUGUUUCACAAAAAUGAGGAUUAAUUAAACAUAUAAGCCUUGUUCCUAAUAUUUUUUCUAUUGUUUUCAAGUUUGAAGCAGCUGAGAAGAAUCCACGAAAUAAUCGGAUUCAUGUUAUUCUGCUACGGACGUUGUUCUUUCUUCAUAGAAAUAUAGAACAUGGUUACAAACAUUUGUCAGACACUUGUAAGUCAUAAGAAAAUUUCCAUUUGUUUAUAAUUAGCUGAGUAAGAUCUUUUGAUGAGGUCGGGACCAAAGAUCAAACUGAAAAAUUAAGUGGUUCGAAAAAUAAUACGGUUUCAUCAUGGAACACUAAUUUACUACUUGUUACCCGGUGUAAUAUCCUGAUAAAAUUGAAUUCAGCACUUUCCAAUCCACUGUUAGCAUAUAUAGUAAUGGAUAUCAAAACAUCAGCGAGGAGUGAAUUGUCUCCUUAUUUCUUUUCAUCGCCACUCUGCCCGGGAAAAGACUUAUAGACAUUUUGAAUCGAGAAAUAAUGUCAGGUGAUUUUCAACCAAUCAUCUUCGUACUUGCCAAACAGAUAAUUCCUGUUUGAUUGACUAACGUGUUUCAGCUGCAUUAUCUGUCUUGACCAAUGAAAUUUCUGCAAAGAUAAUCAAUUAUAGACGACAAAAUACUGUCACUGUUACUGCGAUGAUAUGUUGUUCAGAUUGAAAGUUGAACUAAGGUAGUAUAUUUUAGAAUAUUGAGGAUUUAUUAAACACAAUAAGCGUUCUAAUGAAAAUGCAGUAAAUUAGAAACAUUAAUGGAUUAUUCUAAUUACUGGAUAUCCUAAAACAUUUUUGCAACAAAAUUUAAUUGAAAACUUUAAAAGACUAUCAAUUACUUCGAGACGAAAUGGACUUAACUUCGGUUGGUUAGCAUAAGCGAUAUAUCUCAAAUAUUUUUUUAUUCUUCACAUUAUACACAAUAUGCAAAUGUAAUAAAAUUUAAGUCGUACCAAAUUACUUUACGUUUGUGAACUCCUGACAAUAUGGAUUGGAAUAAAAAACAUCUGAAUUUAAAUGAGAGCACUGAGUUUGAAUCACUCAUAACAAUUGAGCCAAUGGAAGUGAACAAUAUUAUACAGGAUCCACUAAAUUUAACCUUCGAAGAAUAUGAAACUUCGCAGACAUCUGAUUCAGUUCAUGUAUUCCCGAGUGAACCACGUGGAGUAUUAAAAAAGAAACCUCGUUUUGCUGUUCCAAUUAUUAUUGAAAGUGAAGUUGAAAAGGAAGAUGUAACUGAUAAAGUAAAAUCUUUUAUCAAUGAAAAUGAACUAGUUGAACAAAUGGACAAUAUUUCGUUUGAGGAGUAUUCCGAAAAAGUAACUGAUUUUGAAUGUCAAGAAAUAUGUUCAAUUACCGAACAGAAUGCUCGUUUAGAUCAAUUAACUUCACGAAUUUUUGCCACUAUUCUACCGGAAAAUGUACCUGUUGAACAGUCGAAAGAAGAUGUGAAACAGGCAUAUAAACGUUUAAAUAUGAUAACAAAUGGUGCACAAGUUUUGGUAUUCAAUUGUUCACAAACUAAUUUACGUUUGGACAGAAUAUUUCAAAAAGUUCAAAAUUGUGUAUUCUCUUUAACAAGCUUUCCUAAUUUAGCAACAAUGGUUGUAUUUUGUCAAAAAGUUUAUGAUUGGUUAGCACUAGAUGAAUAUCACAUAAUUCUACUUCAUGCUGAAGGUGAACAAGCAAAAAUUCGUUUAAUGUUACUUGUUCUUGCAUUGGAUUCAUUCUAUGGAUCAAUUAAUAAAUACCGGAAUAACGACACUUACUCCCUACGACGUUAUAUUUCAUCCCAUCUUAAUGGCUUCUCUCAUGUUCCGGUUGGUUGGAUGAGAUACGCUGGUUAUAUGGAAAUAUUCUCACCAACUAACAGUUUAUACAUUCUACGUGCACCAUUACAUAUCUAUCAAAUAUAUUUAUAUAAUUUUCCUGUUUUUGAAAAAAAUAAAUUAAGAUUAUACUUUAAAUUCUAUACUGGUUCUCCUCCUGUACAUAUGUAUACUACUAACCUUUACGAAUACGAACGAACUGAUUCUGCAAAUCUUGUGUUGAAUUUCCAAUCUAACUCCAAUCGUAAUAUUGGUCUACAAUUGAGUGGUGAUAUUAUAAUAUUGGCCUACCAUUCCAGAAGUUAUCCUUUGAAACGUAUUCGACUAUUUCGAAUUCAUAUACAUUCCUGUCAAGGGAUCGAGGAUUGGAUACGAUUUGUACCAAAUGACUUUGAAGAAAUUUCGGGAUCUUUCCCUUCCUCGAUGAGCUUAAUUCUAAACCUUACUUCGAAACCCAUUCCAUUAACUGCUGAUGAAAAAAUCCAAAUAAAAAUAGAAAAUGUAUCGAAACAAAAAACUGCAUUUAAUAGUCAUUCAGAUAACCUACUUGAUGUUCAAAACAAUCCUGAAGAUCGUUCACUUUUACAUGAUUCAUUAGAAAAUUUAUCGGAAUCAAUUAGAUCACGUCAAUUACCAUUAAGAUUAGCCCCGUGUUUAAAUAAAAAAAAUCAUUUUGAUUAUUUAGUUGCUGAUACAAAAUUGGAUUCAACUUUAUGCACCUCCAAAUUAUCACAUAUAGAUGAUAGUAGAAUAAAUAAUCGUGAUGCGUUACAUAAUGAUCAAAAAAUGAAAAGUUGUUGGGAUCCAUGGAUGAAGACCAGUAUAAGUCAGCGAAUUAACUCAAGAGCUUAUGAAUGUUUAGACUCUGGACUUGAGGGUGUACAAGAAGAAUUCGAUAAUGUGACUGACCAAGAAGAAGAAAUUGACUACAUAGAUCAUAAUCAAAAUAAUAAUGAAAUAAGAAAUCCCAUAAAUAAAAACAUUCAAUCAGAAACUGAUUCUCUAAAGUCAAAUAAUACUGAUCCAAAUGACAGAAGACAAGAAUCUGAAUCAUCAUCUUCAUCAUUAUCUUUCAAGAAAUUACGUCCUAAAUAUUUAUUUCACAUUGGAAAGUCGAAACAUAAAAAUAUUGAGUCUGUAAACGAUCUCCAAAUUGUUGGCACAACGAAACCGAAAUCCGAAAAGGAUUGCAAUGAACAAGAAUCUAUGCCUCCACCACCUAGUUCUACUGUCUUAAAAUAUUCCAAAAAACAUAAAACUAUUGCCACCCGUAUUGUCAAUUUUUUCUCAGCUCAUUCUAAACAUCGUAAAAUGGACAGCAAUCAGUCAAUUAAUGAUUCCUCAAUUCACUCAUCUGAUUCACCAAACAACAUUAACCACCUAGAUUACGAUGAUUCAUCAGAAUUAAGUUUAGGUCAACAAUCAUCCAGUGAAAUUUCAACCAGUAAAAGAAUCAAUCAAAAAACACAAGCAUGCGCUCGUGGUAUUCCAACUGACAAACUUGGUCCUCCUUGUAAAACUCGGAAAUUAAUAUCUGUUGGCACUUCUACACACUGGACUGAGCCUGUACAAACUUUCUAUCCAACAGAAGAUUUAGUCGAAGCAGCACGUUAUCUUAACAUCAUGGCCGGAACACAAGAACUUGAUCGUUUAUUGGAAGAAUUACGCUUAACAAGUAUGAAUAUGGCCGCCGGUCUUCCUCCUCCAUCUAAUACGCAUUAUAAUUCCAAACCAUAUUAUUCUUCACAAACAUCACGAAAACAAUUGUUUCAUGAUGAAGUUUAUCCAGAUCAUCGAUAUGCUCCGAGUAGUAGGUCUGCUUCGGUCACUGGUUACAAUACUGACGCACAUAAUUUUAAUGAUUCUUUACACUCAAAUUAUCACAAACAUUCAACCUUUUAUUCAGAUCGAAUAGAUAAUAUUGGAAAAAGUGCCAGUAAAUUCAAUUCCUCUUUUUCAACACCUCCACGACAUCAGUCGGUAUUUACGACAACACUGAAACAACGUCCACCUGUUGCUCCUCGAAAAUUCAAUCAAAUUCAUUUAACUAUUGAUCCUGACUGUGGAACCACAGACGCACAAUCCGCUGUUUCAGUUCGUCUUGAAAAUAGUCAUGACUCUUUUAGACGUGAAAAAAAACUUGAAAAUGAUUUACAAACAGCAAGAGAAGAAUUAGCUAGUCUUAGACGUGCAAUGAGUUUAGUUGAUGAAAGACAUCAACGUAUUGAAAAUAUAAAUGAUUCUAGAAAUCUAAUUUCACCAAGUCAUUCAGUACCAAGACGAUCACCAAAUAUGGAAACACAACAAUAUUUAAGUACAAGUUCAUCAUUUCAACGAUCUUAUCAAGUACAACAGCACAGUACUCCAGGAAGUGUCAACUCAUAUCAACAAAGAACGUAUCCUAGGAAAGAGCCAACAUGUAAGUGUGGGUUAUUGUAUUUAAUUUCUAUGUAUUUUAUUUAUACUUAUAAGUUUAUCGAAGAUUUGGAGAAUUACUCUAAACAUAUUUACCAUGAGGGUAUAAACUGAACUACUGACAAUCUUAUCGCUGAAAUUAGCUUACUUUUUUUCAAGUUCAAUUCAUUUAGGUAGAGGUUGAUAUUGGCAUGCAAUGAAAUUCACGACACACAUUUCUCCCUAUUUAGGACUCAUCAAUUGGAUGUGCCUGCAUCCCAGAGUUGAUGUUCACCUCGGAACUCAAACUCAGUACCGUUCGCUUCAAACGCUAUCCACUUAACUACUGAGUCCGAAUAGCGACUGGCUUGUGAAUUGGGGUGAAUUUUAGUUUGUAUAUAUAUUCAAUUUAUUUAGUUUCAUUUAUAAGAUAAAGAAGAAUGUUAUUAUUUUCAUUAUUUGUUUGCUUCUAUAUCACUUUGCAAAUUGCUUUUAUACAAUACAAAAUCUUAUGUUAUUCACAAGUACAUGGUCAAUGAAUACUUAGAUUUUAUUAAUUUACCAAUCGAGAAAAUAAUUCAUAUACGAUAUAUCUCAAACUGACUGAAGAUGAAAAUAGGAAAUAUUAUAUUUCCAUUAUGCAAUGAUGAUUCAUACAUCAAUGUAUAAGUAUCUAAUAUCCUAUGGUAACUGAAUUGUACGGUUAAGAAGUAUCAAAAUCUUCAACGAAAUAAAUAUACAAUGUUUUCUAACUUUAUAUGAUUCCUUAACGGAUAUCAAUCAUAUUGACGGGAAUUACUCCCUAAGUAUACAUAAAAUUACUCUAACAUGCUUGUUUAACUUUUUUUCAAUGAAAUCAUUAAUGAUAAGUGACACAAUCUUUUUUCGACUAGCAUAAAAAUACAUGAAAGCGUUUUGAUUCAUAAUAUAAAAAGAUGUUCAUAUUUGGUUUCAAUAAAGUCAGGGUAACAAAUUCGUGUAGUUUACAGUUUGACAUUUGUACGAAGUAAUCUUUAUAGAUCGAAACCUACGUAGAAAAAUAUACAUCCAAAAGCUGGUAAAUGAUCUAUAAUAGUGAUUUAUUCUUCAUCUACGUCCUAUCAAGAACCAUAUUAGACAGAAAACAUUCAUUUUUUUUCAAUUUUUUUCCAAUUAAUUCGUGGAAAUCGCUUAAGUUUAGAACACAUUGAACAUUCGCACUAAUUCCUAGACUAUGUUGCUGAAUACGGGUCAAAAAUUACAAAUAGUAUUCAUUAUGUUCACGUUUGUUUUUACAUUGUGAAGAGUUAUUAACUCAUAUUAUGAUGAAAUUAAUACUGAGUUCUAUUUCAACAUACAAUAAAUUAUCGUAUAACUGAUUUCUACAAGGACAUUUUGAUUAUAGUUUAUCAUUCCAGGAUACCGAUCAACGUGUACAGAUAAAAUUUCUAACAUUUAGUGAGACAGCUGUUCAUUAGAAUGAAUAUAUUAACUAAUGAUCAGGAUACCAGUUGAUUAGUAUACGAUUGUCUUAAUUACUACAACUCAGUAGGUUUAAGCACAAAACUUUGAAGUAUUAGACAGAAAUACAACUUAAAAAUAUUAGGUAUUUUUCUAACCUCCCAACUGGAAAACUAUGCCCACAUUGUAAUUAAAUCCAUAUAAAAAUGUGCUACAGUUAAGACGAAAAAUCAUAUGAAAACGAAUGUUUAUGCAGAACAAUUUAUUUCUGAAAUACUCGAAGAAUCUUCGCACAAUCAACUGUUGUUACUGUUGACUACACUAUAAGCUCAAACGAUGUCUUUCGGUUUAAAGUUUUGCGCACUUUCUCCAAAAGUGAUUUUUUUCUUAGAAGAGUAUUUGUCCAAAAUUUGAUAUCCCACUAUGAAAAUGCUUAUUUAGGUGUCAAUUUAGUACACGAUUCAGCUUCAGUGAUGUAAAUUUGUAGAUGGAUAUUAUGGAAUUGUAAAAGGAUAAACAUUAUAAAAGAGUAGAUAGGGAAUAAAUAAUCUUUCUCAAGGAAACGACCAUAUUCGUCUUAGCUUUAUUAAUUUUACACACUCAUCUUCAAACGUAUCAACUAUCCCCAGUUCAAAAUAAUAAAUAGAUUUGUUAAUUAAAUACAAUACCUUCAAGCUUCAGUCUCCUCACAAAAUGGUAUAAAAGGUGACGGUUUUACUGAUGUCUAGUAUUUUAACCAUUAAAUUUUAUUCUACACUACAUUUAUGAAAAUCCCUAUAUGAUUACGAAACAUUCCAUACCAAAGUGACAGGAAACUAUCUAUUUAUUUUUAACACAAAAAUACCUCAUUCUUCAACAAUUAUAAUAAUGAAAUGAAUGUUUCGUAAGAAUAAGAGAGUGAAAAUUUAAGUUGUGCUCCGAAAUUUUAUAGAUUUUAUUGUGAAGGAAAAGUAUUAGUAAAUAAAGAGAUUCCAUCAGUGAUGUAAUGAAUAAUACUGUCUUAAAUAAUUCAAUAAAAUCCAAAAAUAUAAUACUUUGUUUUUUUCAAAUUCGAACCGACAGUAUCACAACAAUAAGGGUCAUAAUAAUAACUAAAUAAUAAUCAUGAAGAGGUUUUGUGGAGAUUUUAGUAAGUAAAUGGUUGAGUUCAUGAGUCAAUUGACGCCCACUAGUGACUGUCCCCAAGAGGUAUUUCCUGAAGUUUUAGUGAGAAGCAGUGGAGUUCAACCGGGUCUGCUGUAAGAUGGUAACUCACUGAAGAUAAUGGUGGACGGUAGCUCAAUUUGGUGGAUUGGUUGAAGUUCGACAUUAACACCACUGGAUGCCAGCCGGUGGUCUAGAGGUUAGGAGCUCGCGCGCUAGACGGAUAGAUCCUGCGUUUGAAUCUCGCGAGGCGAGAUCGUGGAUGCGCACUGCUGAAAAGUCUCACAAUAUGACGAAACGGCCGUCCAGUGCUUCCAGGUUUUCCGUGAUAGUCUAGCUUCAAUUGACUCAUGAUCCCAACUAUUAAAAUUACUAUAAAAUCCACAAAACCCCUUCUGAUAUUAAAAAAUGCAAUUUUUUUCUUUUGUAUUUUACAAAAUUUCAUGUUUUAUAUCUUACGUUACUUUGAAUGUACUCAAGAAACUCACAAUAAAGUAAUGAAAAAUCGAAAUAAUGCGAAGAUCCAAUGUAAUACUCAUAAAAUUGAUAAUGAUUGUACCAAUAUAGGAUGUAUCUGUUUACCUCUAUUUUUAGGAGAUAGUUUAAAAUGAUGUUGCAAAUAAUACUCUCGAUAUUCAAAGUAUUAUUUGUUCGGGAUAAAUACACUGUAUUUUGAAGAAGGAAAUGAAGUUUUUUAACGCAGUAAUGCUUGUUGUUCUCAUAAUCAUUCCUUUUUUGGCGUAAUUAGUUGUCGCUUUUAAAAUAAACGACCUGUAUGUAGAUGACUACUGAAAUCAGUAAGACUAGUGUACAGGUUUAUAAAUAAUUUCCAAUUAAAUCGGUAAUCAAGUUAUUUUUCGUGUAUUUGGCUUUGUGACAUACAUUUUAAGUGAGGACUACUGACUAAAGUUGUCCAAAACAAAAAUCAAUGAAGUAAAGUUGAAACCUAUGAACCUACGAAACUGAAGAUAAAGAACAUUGUCUUUAUAAUUCCAUAAGCCUUUUAUUACAACUGUUAAAUUAUGUUCACCUUAAAUCUUGUUCUUUCCUCUCCUUAUAAGUAUUCUGACUUAUUUCAUCAUUCCUACUCCGUAUUUCUUUAGUAUUCCACACUGAAUUGCCAUAAAGUGUUUAUUGAAAUCUUUUUUUCAUAUGACUUUCCAAAUGACUUAAUAUAAUGUGUACAUAUGUAUAUAAAAAAGGUCAUUUUGUUUAUGAGUUUCCUUCAUCAUUCCUUGUUGUGAUUUAACUGUAUAAAUUGUAUUACUAGCCUUUAAAUGUAAACCCAUUUUAUAGUAUCAUCUGAAAUUAAAGAUGAGGAUAUAGUACCACUUCAGAGUAAGUGUAAGUAUUAUUCCAGAAUAGAGUACAAACUGUACUUUGAUGGAGUUUUGUCCUCUGAGCUGGAUGGUUUGCUCGUGAAGCUUUCAUUGUUCUUCUGAACGACAUCAUCAGCACAAACUUCAGAUAGAAACUGUACUUAAUAACUAACAAUUUGAAUUAAAUAUAAAAGCAAUAUGCAAAGAAACAGUCAAUUCCUUAUUUGCUAUUAAUCACUCAUCAUCAACGUAUAACAUUUUCGUACCUCAUAUAACCGUAAUAAAAGAGAAAAUUGAUAUGAUGAAAAACAAGAAAAAGGAAUCAAUUUUGACUGCUUUGAAAGUAUCAACAUUUAAAAUACAGUUCAUGGAAAAUAAAUGAGCUGGAAGAAGCUAAAUCAGAAAUCUCAUUUAACUCAAAAUUUUGAUGAAAAGAGAAAGUAGAUGUAACUUGAUCGGUAUGAUUGAUCAUGUACCACUCAACAUAAUGUUUCCAGCAAUCAAUUAAAAUUAUUGAGAAGCCAUCCACCCAGAAGUCUGCAAUUAACUGAAUGACUCAGAAAAUAAGAAAAUCAUUCAUGUACUAAUGUAUUCUCCACUUCUUCCUGUUAGCUACUAUGCUACUUCCCUCAUUUUAAUUUAGUUUCUAAUCAUCAUAGCAGCAAAAUAAAUCAUCUUUGUACAAUUUCUUAAAUUGAUCAGAAUAAAUGAAUAAUUUAAAGUUCUUUGUAACCACCUAGGCUAUAUGAUUUCAAGGAAAUCAUGAAAUCUGUCAAGAUUACCAAAAGAAGUGUAAAGAUAUAGUUUGUGAAGUGUGAAGUCCAACAAUUUGAGCACUCUGAAGUUUCUUUGAAACAUACAUUUACCCCUAUAUAUCUAAAUUAAACGGGAUAAAAACAAAAAAUGAUGGAUGACCAUUAAAUCAGUUAUUCUGAAUUGUAAAUAGAUGUUAAAAUUAUAAUGAAAAGUUAGUGAAUUAACAAUAACAGAAGAUAAUCUACUGAACAAUGUACUUAACAAUAGUACUGUAAAAUAAGCUUAAUUCCUCUACAUACAGUAUAAAAUGAAGUCAGAUUCCAACAUAUUUCAAACGUGUAUUUGAUCAUCUUAUACUUAAAAACAAAUUAAAGUUGCCACAUAUACCUACUAUAUCAAACAUCUUAUGAAUAACACCAGAAGAACUUUAUACGAAUACUCGUCAAGAUUAGAACAAUUAGUUUAACAGAAAUUAGACGCCGAGUAUAGAAAAGUCAUUAUAUGUGAAAAUUAUAUUUGAAAUAAUCUGAGCGAUUGAAAUUUAAAAUAAUUCCAACGUUUUGUCCAACCAACUUGUCUGGACUUCUUCAGGUUAGUAAUCAAAAUCAAAACCACAAUCAAAACUAUACUGUGUUAAACCAAUCAUAUUUGGACAUGAUUCAUGUCAACUUAUGUGUUACAUCAAAAAAUUGUUAAGCACUUCAUUAGAUUAUUUUAUUCCCAUUUGACUACUUAUGUGUGCAUGUGUAUAUCAAUUAAUUCGAUCACCAUCAUUAUGAGAUUAUUAUUAUAAUUGGUUUUUCGUAGUUUUUUUCAAAAAAAAAACACAACUUAGAGCAGUUAAAUUGACGAGUUGAUCUAAAGUGGACAACUAUUGAAAAACUGGAAGCAAUAAAUUGUCGUUUCAUCCCAGUAUGGAACUUCUCAGCAGUGUACAUACACAAUCCGGCACGCAUGACUUGAACCAUUGGAAUUUCGGUCUAGGUUUGAAAAUAGAACAGUCAAAAUAAAUCAUUCUCAGUUCAAUAAGGAUUUUUCAACCAAUUAUUACAGAAUUUAUUAUUAUUGCCAAUUUCUUAUUGGAUAUAUGUAAUUGUAUUUAUAAAAGUAAUUAAAAUGUGAUAAACAAUUUAACAUUAAUAAUCGAAAUUAACUUACACAUGAACACAUUUUUGUGCAGACAUAUCAAUAUAUAUGUGUUUAUGUAUAUGCAUAUUCAUACUCUUUAAAGAACUCAACAAUAAAUACAUGAAGUUUGUCAAUUAAUUAGAACAUAUUGAGUAUUGAUUAAGUCAAACGAAUAAGUUGAAUCGUCCAUUUGGUUUUGUAUUAUUCUUCCUUCCUGUCUGGUUAUUUUUAUACCUCUAUCUAUCUCUUGAGUUGAUCUUUUUUUCUUCAUCUAUACUAUACAUACUUACUUAACUGGAAAAACAAAAAAAACGUAUUAUCAAGACGGAAACAAAAGUAUAACACAUAAUUAAAUGAAGAUCAAAUCAUACAAUAUUAUUCCUUGAAUUUACACUAGCAACCGUGAUAAUAUAAAGCUGAAAAAUAUCCAUUGGAAAAGCACUUUUCUUAUUCUUAUAUAGUGAAAUUUUCUUUUAGUAAUGCGCAAAAAAUCAAUAAUAGUAUUAUUAACAAUAGUGGUCAAAGGAACAAAUUUUAAUAGCGUCUAAGUAUCCUGAAAGAAGUAUUGGUGAAUUACAAAACUGCAACUGAUCAAGUAGUAUCUGAGUAUAUAACAAGCUUUUUGCAUCUAAUUAAAAAUAAUAAUAAAGAAAAUGACUACGGAACUUUGUAAAGAAAUGAAACGUAAUCAGUACAUAGAGAAUCAUGAACUCUAUUCAAAUCCUUAUCAAAAUAAUUCAACAGGAAAUAAUCCAUACAAUUCAGAAAUCUAUAGUAAAGUAGAUCAUGAACGAAAUGUACUUCACCCUCAUCUCCAUGCACCAUUAUCCUAUGUAGUUCAUAAUCCACAUGCAAUUAAAUUAAAACGCAGUUGUCACAAUACAAAAUGUCGUUAUUGUUUCCCAAAUGCUUCUAAUAAUAAUCCAUUUGAUUUGGAAAGUCAUUCAUCAUCUAGUGAAUCAGCUUCACAGAUAAUGACUAGAAGUGCUUUAAAUAAUCAUAGUAAUUAUAAGAAAUUUCUUGGUCUAAACAAAAGACCAACGUGUAUAAUACAUGAAGAAACUACAGUGAAUGACAGUCGACAAGAUGUGAUAAACGGAGGACAAGUGAAGAUAAGACAAGAGAAUGAAAUUCCAGUGUUUAAAGAAGUUCGAACUAGUACACCAUUAGUGAAUCACACUACAUUACCGAAUAGAACCAAUAAUUAUAUUCCUAAUUUGAUAAAAAAUAAUUACCAUCUAGAAGAUCAUCAAGAAGUAUACUGGUCGGAGCAAGAAACUCCGUUUACAGUCUACAGUAAUGCCAGUAUAAAUACUAAUAGUAAUCAUAAUAGUAUUGUGGUUACAGGUAGACAAGCUGGUCUAUUCAAUCAAAAAAACCCUAACAGAGUCAUACAAAAUGAAUCAAUUGCAACUCCGACAAAUACAACGGAAACUUCAAUGACGACUAAUGUUUCAAUAGAGAAUGAAAUGCUAUCUAAGACCACAACCAAUAAUCUAUAUAAAAAGGAAGGAAACACAUUUUUACAAAAAAUAUUUAAAAAACCACAAUCAACGAUUAUUGAAGAAAAUAACAAACUGAGACUACGUUUAACCUCCUUAACAAACAGUCCAGAAAAUAAUCAAUCAAUUCCAUGCACUGAAAUAACAACUACACCAUAUUCUCUAAAUAUGCAUGAUUUACAGAAACAUAAUAAUCAUAAUCAUGAUCCGGAUCGUGAUGAUUUAUCUGUUAUUUUUGGUAUGAGUUCAGUAAAUCAAUUAAAAAAUCAAUCAAGUUACUUAAAUCUACCAGGUCGGUCAGUAUGUAUGGAAUUUUAAUGGUGCAAAAUUUUACAUCCUAAUGCUUUAUGUAAAAUUGCAAAUUUAAAACAACAACAACAACAAGGUGUACUCUCGCUCACAUACAAACCCAUUAUAUUUUUAAAAUAAUAAAUGCAUCAGUUAGGCCUUUUUUUUCUCAAAAGUUUUGUUUUUCUGACAACAAGCAAAUUAUCAUACCUGUUUUGAGAGACAAGCUAACAUUAUACUAGUGUGUUUUUUUUACUAUAAAUAAUUUCCUAACUUAUAUGUGUGUUGUCAUGUGGUGGUAGCUAACCUUUAAUAUAUAUUUAUAUAUAUUGGAGAAUUCUCUCAAAAAUAGAAAAGAAACAAAUUAUCUCCAACCUGUUUAAUCAAUACUUACUUACUUACUUACGCCUGUUACUCCCAAUGGAGCAUAGGCCGCCGACCAGCAUUCUCCAACCCACUCUGUCCUGGGCCUUCUUUUCUAGUUCCAUCCAAUUCUUGUUCAUUUUUCUCAUAUCUAUCUCCAUUUCUCGGCGUAAUGUGUUCUUUGGUCUUCCUCUUUUCCUUUGGCCUUGAGGAUUUCAUGUGAGGGCUUGUCUUGUAACGUAGUUGGGUGCUUUCCUCAAUGUGUGUCCUAUCCACUUCCAGCACUUCUUCCUGAUUUCUUCCUCCGCUGGGAUCUGGUUUGUUCUCUCCCACAGUACGUUGUUGCUAAUAGUGUCCGGCCAAUGGAUCUGAAGUAUUUUGCGUAGACAAUUGUUAAUAAACACCUGUAUUUUCUGGAUGAUAACUUUCGUAGUUCUCCAGGUUUCUGCCCCAUAUAGUAGAACUGUCUUGACAUUUGUAUUGAAAAUCCUGACCUUGGUGUUGGUUGACAGUUGCUUUGAGUUCCAGAUGUUCCUCAGUUGUAAAUAUUCUGCUCUUGCUUUGCCGAUGCGCGCCUUCACAUCUGCAUCAGAUCCACCCUGUUCGUCAAUGAUGCUGCCCAAUACUACAUGUAUAAAUAGUUGAAUUGACUUCUUUUGUUUCAGCCUCACAUAAAUAGCCAUGCCUGAUCCGAUUAUCAUGAGAAAUCGACUGAAAAAAUAUCUAAGAAUUAAUAAAUUCAUUGAAGUUUAUCUACUGUUGUGUUAUUCACUAUCAUGGUCAUUACUUUCAUGAUUCUAAACAAAAAAAGUGCAUGUCAUUCCACUAAUCCGUUUCGUCAUCCCUAGAUAAUGAUUAUUGAUGUCUCACCAGUAUUAUUUUUUUUUCUCAUAAUUGGUUAGGAUGUUCAUCUGCUUCAUCUUCCGUGUGUUUCUUUAUACAGAUUUUGUCAUGAUCAUGGCAAUAAAAGUCACACUAUCAUAACUACCGCAUAUGAUAAUAAUAAUAAUAAUAAUAAUAAUUAUUAUUAUUAUUAUUAUUGUUUCCAACACAAAAUUUACCAAUAUACGUUGAAAUUGCCAAAUUAAUAGAUUGUUUUUAUUUUUUUUUCUUUCUUUUCUUCACUACUCAACUGGUUUGUAUAUACAUGUGUGUGUAUGUGUGCGUAUAUUUGUAUUGUGCGUGUUUGUACUGUUUGUAUGUACCAAUGCCUUUGAUUGUAUGCACGCAUAAAUAUUUGUGUUUUGGCAAUUGUAUGUUGUGUGUUAUCCAAAUAUUCUAGCUAUUUACAAAUCACAAAUUAUUUCAAAUGAUGGAAAUUUCUCAGCUCCUAAACGUGCAAUGAGUCAUACAAAUGUUUAUGGUCCACGAUCAUGGAAUUUACGAUCAUAUCAAGGAUCUGAGUCUGAUUUAGCAUAUAAACGUGAAAUGUUAUCAUCAUCAUCAUCUUCACGUUUGGCACGUAGUGGUUAUUCAGCCAGACGAGAACGUUUGAAACAAGAACGUGAACAAGAAUUAUUAAGGCAGACAAGAUUAAGACAAAUGGCUGCUUCAUCAACUGGACUACAUGAUCACCGUCAUUAUCAACAAUCUAAUAUCCAACAACAACAUUACCGUUCAACUUCAGCAGUUAAUGAAAUCGGUCGAAAGGAGAUAAUCCAAAAGAGAUCUAUGGGAAAUACUGAAGCCUUUGAAGAAUUCGAAACAAUUACACUACAACCAAUAGGUCGAGGUGUACAAGAUCUUGAUUCACAUGUCGGAUCAAUGACAACACUGGCACGAGGAGGUGGUGCUUCGUCUAUGAUUGAAGUUCAUAAGCAUACAUUUCGAACUCCAAGAAUGUAUUCACCAACUUCGUAUCAUUUCAAUCGUGCUCAUAGUACAACACCAACUCGUUAUAGUAGACCUACUAAAGGGUUUUCCAACGGUUUAUAUAAAAGUCACUCUGCUUAUAGUGGUUCAGUUGAAACAUGUCCUAUGUUUAAAUCUCAUACACCUGAUCCAGGACGCGAUAUUACUGGUUCUCCUUUGUGGACAGCAUUGCCAAGAAAUUCAAGUACAACACCUACCAUUUGUAAAACAUGGAGAAGCGAAAGAAAUAUAACUACUACACCACUAGGACAAAUUACUUAUGAAGAUGUGAUGCCAAAUACACAAAUGGCAAAAAUUCAGGUAUUAGAAUCAAGUGAAUUACCAACAACAUUUUCUCCAUAUUCUAGAAAAUCUGCUAGUCUACAGCCAAAUGAAGUUGUAAAAAAAGAUAUAAGAGUGUUUGAAUCCCCAUCGGACAAUGCAAUAUUGAAUAAUUAUUUAGAUAUUCAUGAAUCAGAAAUGACUAAUUUGAAAAGAGUUGUCUCUUUAAGAAAACCACCUGAACGUUCUAGAUUAUGGGCUCUUCCUGAUAAUAUGAAAAUUUUACGUUCAUCAGAUGGUUUUAUGGCUGAUUCAUGCUAUCCAAAUGAUGUUGAUAUUGAUGAAAAUGAGGAAUUGAUUAAUCAUCAAUUCAAUCUACCGGAACCUGGAAAAACUACAUUGAAAACGGAAAUAAAUGGUUUAAGUCGAAUUGAUGAUCAUCAACCUCCACGAGCAAGCUCACGUACAAGUUUAUCACGACAACCAUUUGAUUCAACUCAAUAUCUCAAUAAACAAAAUUAUAAUCAUGAUGGAGAACAGACAAUUUUCAUUAAUCGUGUUCAACCAACAUCAAGUACCCCAGUUCAAAGUUAUCCACCCAGUAGACUUGGUACACAAUCUGUCUAUUCAGAUCACAUUACUGUCUCAACUACUCCACAAACAGUAACUGCUCCGACAAAAGUUGUCAGUAAUUUGAAUGUUUUGACAAACACUAGAAAAACGAGUGAACUUACCGAAGUUCCUAUGCAAAAUGGAUGGAAAUCGGAGAAACCUAAACAAGAUACAGUAGAUAGUGGUAAUAUGCCUCAAGUGAUUGCAACUGCACGUGUUUGGUAUCAACCUAAAUUAUCCAGAGAAGAAGCUAUAAGUAUUUUACGUCAACAAGUCCCUGGAAGUUUUCUUAUUCGUGAUAGUACAACAUACAAAGAUGCUUUUGGUUUAGCAGUCAAGGUUGCUACACUUCCACCAAAAGUUACACCAAAAUCUAAUGAUCUUCAAUCUGAACUAGUUAGACAUUAUUUGAUAGAAGCGGUUAAUACACCUACUAAAGGUGUACGCCUUAAAGGUUUUGCAAGUGAACCAGUAUUUCCAAGUUUAGCUGCCUUAAUCAACCGACACACACAAGAUGCUUUAGCAUUACCUUGUCGAUUAAUUCUCCCAGCCAUUCCAACUACACCGUUACCACAUGGAUAUAAGCCUCCACCACAAAUUGUAACUGGCUUACCACCAAAUACUACGGAUACAACAAUAAGUAAUCAUAUUUCACAAUCGAAUAAUCAAUAUAUUUCGAAAGUUGACAGUGCUACUGGGCCAGUUUCAGAAUUAGGCUCUGUUAUAAUGGAUAAUGUGGAAAUUGAUUGUACAAAAUCAGUUACCAAUACUUCUACAAUGGGUAUAGAAGGUCUGCCAUUCGAAUGUGUAAUUAAAGAUGAACAUCAUAAACCAGUGAUGUCGCAAUGUCUGCUUAAUCAAGGCAUGACAUAUAGAUGUUUCAUGUUAGGAUCGGUAGAUACUCCACAGUGGAAUAAUGAACUAUGUUUCUCAAGAGCAGUUGAUCAAUUAAUUCCAUUGGAAACUUUGACAGCAUCUGAGUGUGAUCAUGGUAUUAGUCGUGUUCGAUAUUCAGAUAUUCAAUUACAUGUUAGCGCACACGAUGGAAUUACAAUUAUAGAUUUACUAAGACGGUUAUUCCUUCGACGUCAUCUUCCCAAUAAUAUAUUAUUGUAUUGUGGUAUAGAAACUCGAAAAAAAGAAUUUAUUCAUCCCGAACAUCAAAAUCAUGGUAUACGAAAUCCUAAAAUCUUUGGAUUAGUUGUUCGUAAAGGAAUUAGUGAAUGUACAUGUCAUAUAUUUUCUGAAUGUGAUCCAGUUCAUUCAGCUGAAUCUAUUGUGAAUUAUAUACGAACUAUCUAUCCUCAUUUAAAGAGUUAAUUUUAAAAUUAAAAAUGAAAAUCAUUCAUUAAACUAACUAUAUAUUAAAAUAUUAAUAUUAUUCUAUAUUAAUAAAGAUAUUUCCAUAUGAAAUGAUAAUUAUUAUCUAUAUUAUUAUGGAUAGAACUAUGAUGUAUUUCUAAACUUGGAUGCUUUUGUUCAUUUUUGUUUUCCUGUUGAGAUAAAUUUUUUUUGUGUUUUGUUUUAAUGAAAUUAUGAAGAAAAUAUCUUCAUGAUUUUUUUUCUAGUUUAUUUAUUUUAAGGUACCCUUCAUCAAAUAACUUAUUGAAUGCAUGCACCAUCCAUUUGUUUUCUUGCUUCUUCUUUUAUGUUUUGUUUUACUUCUCAUUUAUUUCUUUGAAAAUUUAUCUCUGUUUAACCUGAUUGAAAAAUCCAUACUUAUCCAUGAUUGAACAUAUAACAGAAUUAUCCUUUCUUCAUAAUUUAUAUAAAUAAAAGCGUAUAUUGAUCAUAUUAUCUUUAACAUUAUGUAAGAUAAAUUCAUUUGUGAUGCGCCAAUCAUUUUUCUUAGUAUUCUAUAUCAGACCCGUUUAUCAUUCAAUGACACCACUGAACAUUUCUUUUUGUUUUAUUUAAUAGACAACUAUAUUACUUUUUGAAUUUUUUUCGUAUUUCUUAUAAAUUUUUUGAUUGUUUAAGACUAAGGAAAAUCUUUGUGAAUUUCUUUGUCUUAAACCAUUAAAUUAUUUUAAUAAUUUUCAACCUUUCUUCGGUUUCUCUGGUUUAUUUUGAUUUUUAACUAGAUUUCAAACAAUCCCCCGUCUGUUUUUUUUUCGGUUUCAUUGAUUAUCGUUAGUGUUAAUUUCUUUUUCUUUUUUUUUGAACAGUUUCAUUUCUUAUUUAUAUUGAAAAUUUCGAUGGUUUUCCUGUCGUGCAAUGAUUAUUUACGGCUAUUUGUAUUCAUAUUUACUUAAAGUGAUUUUUCCUUCUUGAAAUAAAUGAAUAUUAUUUCAAUAAAUCAUGUAUUCAAGACAAUUUUUAAUAAGAAGCUGAUAGUAUUGCAGUCAAAAUAGAUAUGUCUACAUGUAUACUCACAUGUAUACAUUGUAUGUUGGAAAAUAAACAAAAAUAUCUUUAUUUAAUUGAAUUCAUGUACGUAUUUAUAAUUUGUAUAAAUAUGUACGACUACAUAAAAUUGUUAUGUAAUAUUUUCUGGGCUCUAAAAGUU